CAGUGUUCAGCGGGAAGCGAGUGAGAGUGCACGCGUGAUUUUCGCCGUUCUUUUUUACCUACCGCCGUUUUUUUCUUGCUUGUUGAAAUGGCAAACAUGAGCACAGAGGAAACAUUUAAAUUUCUGGAGCUGUAUCAAGCAGAAAACUGCCUGUGGAAUCCCAAAAAUAAAUACCACAAAAAUAAAAAUGUUAUUAAUGAUUCAUGGAAACGUAUUGCUGAUACGAUGGGCAUUCCAGUGCAUGAGUUAAAAAAGAAAAAAGAUAAUCUUCUUAGUACAUUUAGAACGAAUUUAAAAAAAAGAAAUGCAUCCAUUCGGUCAGGGGCGGGAACAGAGGAUGUGUAUCAGCCCAUAUGGAUAUUUUACGAUGUGAUGGCUGCGUUUUUAACAGAUGUUUACGAAUCCACAAGUAUUCUAAAUACAGAGGAAAAAACACAACCUGAUUUGUAUGAAGAGGGUAGCGCUUCUAACGUGCAGGUUAGUGAUAAUAUUCCGGAUGCUAAAAACGAAGACCAUAAUGAUGCCAACAUCCCUACUACAUCUCAAAACAAACCAAUUAUUCAGUCACAAAAACGUCGUGCUAAAGAUCCACCCGAAAUGCAAGAAGCCAAUAAAAAAAUGAGUACUGCUUUUACAGCAUUAAAUAAAGCAUUGGCUAACAAAGAAAACAUAAAAGAAGAAGACGAAUGCGAUUUAUUUUGUAAAAUGUUGGCAAAACAAAUAAGGGAGUAUCCAAAACUUGAAAGGGAAGAAAUAAUGUACGAGCUUCAUGGUGUUAUGAUGAACAGACGUCGUCGUUACAACACGAUGCAGGGUAGAUCAUAUGCUGUUUCUUCUCCUUCACAAAUAAUCCUCAGUCGACCUAGCACGAGCAACAGCAUGUAUCCAUCAACACCGUCACCUAUAUACGUAGUAGACUCCCCCCAUUCAGUUCAGUCACCACCACAAAAUAUGGCCAAUCAACAAACCGAAAUGGUUAACAUUAUUUCACAAGAAGUACUUGUACCACAAACAAGUAAAAUGUAUUACGAAAGCUGUUUAAAUAUGACGGACGAUAAUAACACCGAUCACCCUUAAUUUGUCAAAGCAAACUGAAAGUACCUACUUACCUAUUUGUCAAAGCAAAGUUUUUUGUAAACUGUUGAUUAUUCAUUACAAUACAAUUAAUAAUAAAGAUUUUGGAUUAAAUUAUGUGGUUUACCUUCACUAAAUCCUUUAACACGUUAUUGAGCGCUAAACAUACUUCAGGAACAAUAAUGGAUAUAACUUGGCUUGAAAUUUUAAACAGGUAAUGCAAGCUUCUAUAGCUAUCACCAGUAGCUAAAUAUCUUAAUGUUACUGCCAAACGCACUUUCACUGGAAUGGCAUCCCUCCAAUCUGUAUCUUUUUUAGCAAUCGUUGGAGAUAUCUUUUGUAGUAAAUAUUCAAAAUCGCUGCUAGACAUUCGAACAAAAUUAUUAAAUUCUCCAGAGGGCUCUGCAUAUAGUUCUGCAAACUGGUUUUCCAUGCUAUUCCUGCGAAGAAACAGAGUAAUGUAAGAAGUCGUUACCUACGUUAAAAAAAACUUUUUAGAAAAGAGAACCGACUUCAAAAACACUAACCCGUAAGAAUAUCCAAGUAUAUUGCCGAAGGUCAUCAUUAAACUAAGAAGUAUUAUAUACUAUAACCUCUACCUAAAUGUAACAAAUUUAUGAAAACCGCAAACAUACAUACAAACAUACAGGUCAAACUGAGAACCUUCUUUUUUUGAAGUCGAUUAAAAAGCGUACAAGUUAUAUUAUGAAUAAAAAAAUCCCACUUACUUUGUUCGGUUUCUAUGUAUAGUCAGCAUCCACCACCUUCUUCUUCUCCAUUUUUUUUUAAUAACCCUAUUGCGAUAGACGCUUAAAUAAUACUUGUAAGUACAAAAUAAAUUAAUAGCUGCGGCAGCAACGGUCUCGAUAUCCAUUCUGCGUGCGUA